AUGUAUGCGGCCGGAGUAAGGGGUCUCACAGCCCUAACCAUUGCUGUUCUUAUCCCGUCAGUGCUGACGGUAACCCUAGAUUUCAAGGGUAUAGCGAAGGGUCAUCCCGAUGAAAUUGUAACUCCGCAACUGCUGGCUAAGAAAACCAUCGAUAAUAUCACGGAGCUGACAUACAUGAUUGUACUUGACAAAAAACAAUACAUUCUUCACUUAAAACAGAAUAGGAUCCUUGUUUCCCCUGAUUUCAAAGUAUUUUCAUAUAGUAAGAAUGAUACCUUGUACUCCUAUCAACCUAGUGUUCCGAAUGACUGCUAUUUCCAAGGAUACAUACAAGAUCAUCCAUACUCCACAGUUGCCCUGAGCACAUGUUCUGGACUUCGGGGCACCAUGAAUUUAAAUGGCAUUAAGUAUGCAAUUGAACCAGAUGGACCUCUUACAGAUUUCAAACACAUCAUCUAUCGUACAGAUACAUCUCGAUCUGCAAUGAAGUGUGCCUUGGACACUGACAACUCACCGUCUGAAACAGAAAGCCAACCAAACAUGGGGGAAGCAAGCGCUCGUAAUAAAAGUGCAUAUGUUGAAUUGUUCAUGGUUACUACUCGGCCACAGUUUCAGUUUCACAAAAAUGAGGCAUCGUUAAUUGAAAGCAUUUUUGAAUUGAUGAAUACUGUUAGUGCUAUUCUCAAGCCACUGAACACACAAGUAGUUUUGGUUGGCAUAGAAAUUUGGUCCAAUGGGAAUCUCAUUAAUACAGAAACAGAUGAUGCUGAUGAUAUUCUCAUGGAGUUUUUGGAGUGGAAGAGAGACUCACUAGACAGUAGAAUCAACUGUGAUGUUGCAGCCUUAUCUCUAAGAGAAAGCACAGUUUUGGCUUCAGGGCUGGCACGUUUGGAUGGAGCAUGCAGCCACAAUAAAGCAGGAUUCUUCGCAGUGAUGAAUCUUGAGAAGCUGGUAUUGAGCUCCAAUCUGUUUGUGCACGAGCUGGGCCAUGUCCUAGGAAUGAAGCACGACACUCCGGGAUGUACCUGUCGUUUUGGAAAAACAAUUUGCACCAUGAACGAGACAGUAUUGCUGUCCUCUGGCUUUAGUGAUUGCAGCAUAAAAGACAUGGAGGAAUUUUAUGCAAGUGACAAAGCGAAAUGUCUUUGGAAUAAUCCAGGCCCAGAUAAAUCUCUCUCAUAUGUACCUGAUUGCGGCUCUGAAGAGGAAUGUUCCACUAAUAUAUGUUGUAACUCAACCACCUGUAAACUGACAGAGAAUGCUACCUGUUCAUCGGGACCGUGUUGUGAGAAUUGUGUGUUUCUACCUAGAGGAACACCUUGUCGGACUCCAGGCACCGAGUGCGACCUAACCGAAUACUGCAAUGGAAAAUCCAGAGAUUGCCCGUUAGAUACAUACCUUCAGAAUGGCUCCCCCUGUAACAAAGGCCGGUCUGUGUGCUACCAAAAGAUGUGCUAUGACUACAAUGAGCACUGUCAAAGCAUAUUUGGGGAAGGUGCUGUGGUUGCUCCUCUCUCCUGCUUCCAUUCUGUGAAUACUGUUGGUGACAGAUUUGGAAACUGUGGCACAGACGGCGAGUUGAUUCAAUGCAAAACCCAGGAUGUGAUGUGUGGACGUAUUCAGUGCCAAGGUGUGGAAACAAUCCAAGCCCAAGAUAAAUACGCCGCUGUUAUUCAGAUGCCCAACGAGAACUCAUUUUGCUGGGGACUAGAUUUCCGAUUCAGGAAAGAUUCCAUCGAUCACGGAGCAGUACCGGAUGGGGCCGUAUGCGGAACAGGAAAGAUUUGUAUGAACCGUAGUUGUGUCGAUCUUUCAGUUUUGGGAUAUGAUUGUGAUGUGGAAAAAAAGUGUGGAGGAAAUGGGGUCUGCAAUAACAACGGAAAUUGCCAUUGUGAUGUGAAGUGGGCCCCUCCUAACUGCACAGUCAGUGGAUUUGGUGGAAGCGCCGAUAGUGGACCAGCAACCGAAAAUUCAUUCAGAAAACUCGGCUCAACAAAGACACGCCAGCUAGAAAACGGUGCGUAUUCCACCUUCCAGCAUGGUGAGGGAAUGGAGUUUGUGUCUAGCUCUGGCUACUACAUCUGCUGCCUGGACACUUUGUUUGUAACUAAAGUGUAUAUGAGGUCCAGCGUACUCCAUUAA